CCGCUGGGGUCGCUGUUUCUCCUUCAUUGAGCGAGCACACUGAAGCAGAGCCGCUGCCGGACUGUGGAGAAGAGAAGCAACUCCGCCGGUGGAGGAGGUGGAGUCUCGGGAUCAGAGGGAGGAAAAAACGACAAGCGAAGGGGAGGAAAAAAAAAGAGAAAAAGCCGCAGACACAACAAAACCGGGGGGAGGACGGCGGAUUAAGUGCGUCAAUUGAAACUGAAAUUCAAUUAAGGUGAAGGAGACGAGCGGCCGUAAAGAGAAGGGAGGACAUCAAGAUGAUAACGCCUUAUUUCCUGGAAAAUUUCUGGGGUGAAAAAAACAAUGGAUUUGACGUUCUGUACCAUAACAUGAAACAUGGCCAGAUCUCCAGCAAGGAGCUUUCAGAUUUCAUCAGAGAAAGGGCUACCAUCGAGGAGACGUACUCCAGAUCGAUGACCAAACUGGCCAAAUCUGCCAGCAACUUCUCACAGUUGGGGACGUUUGCUCCAGUAUGGGAUGUGUUUAAAGUGUCAACAGAAAAACUGGCUGCCUGUCACAUGGAACUGGUGCGCAAGCUGCAAGAGCUCAUCAAGGAAGUGCAGAAGUAUGUGGACGAGCAGGCCAAGGCACAUAAGAAGACAAAAGAGGAAGUGGCGUCCACGCUGGAAGCUGUGCAGAACAUCCAGAGUGUCUCGCAGGCCCUGCAGAAGAGCAAAGAGAACUACAACAGCAAGACCCUGGAGCUGGAACGCAUGCGCAAGGAGGGAGCCACGCAGAGAGACCUCGACAAGGCUGGAGUGAAGGUGAAGAAAGCCACAGAGGUGUACAAGUCCUACGUGGAGAAGUACGCCAGCACCAAGACGGAAUUUGAGCAAAAGAUGGCAGAGACUGCACAGAAAUUCCAGGACAUUGAGGAAAGCCAUAUCCAGCAUAUGAAGGAGAUUAUCCAGUCAUACUCUUGCUCAGUCGAGGACACGCACAAACAAAUCAUAGAGGUGCACAAAGAGUUUGUGAAUAACAUGGAGAAUACUUCCGCUGCCGGUCUGAUACAGAAACUGGCUGAGAGCAAAGGCACCGGCAAAGAAAGGCCAGGGCCCAUUGAAUUUGAGGAAUGCAAUGUCUCCAUUGCCACUGAAGGUGCCAAACCUAGAAAAAGGAAGCCCUUCACCAUUCCUGGUCGACGAAAAGACAAAGAUACAGAUUCCACUGAGUCUACGGAAGUUGAAGCCACUAACACUGCCAAUGGAGCUCCUCCAGAUUUUUAUGGAGCCAUAGAUAUCCAAAACGCUAAUGUGCCUCAGGUGGAUGAAGAGGGAUUCUGCAUUCGACCAGAAGUCAAUGAAAAUGAUGCCAAAGACAACUCCUUCUACUCGUCCAGCGAUUCGGAAGAAGAAGACGAGCGCAGGAAGUUCCAUGUGGAGAUCAAACCUGUGCAGCCCAACAACGGCACGCACCAGCACAAAGCCACCAUCGACGAGCUGAAGGCUUCCAUUGGCAACAUUACCCUCUCUCCCUCUGCUACGGUCCACAUGAGGAGGAACCAGUCCAGUGAUGAAUUGGGAAGGUCCAGAACGCAGCAACCAUCAUAUAACGAUAGGUUGGCGAAUAAUGACUUGCUUUCUCUGGACCCUUUUGGCCCUAGUGCUGGUGGCUCCACCUCCUCUGGAUCUUCUUCAGCAGCACCCCCUGCAGUAGGGGUGGUGUUUCAGCAGGAGCCUUCAUCUCCACCGGCUGACCAACCUGAAGCAAAAGAGGCUUUUGCUGGCUCUGUACCUCCCAAACUGACCUCUCCUUUGCCCCCACCGUCCUCAAGCCCACCUCCAUUCCCUGCCCUUCCCUCUCCUCCCUCCACCUCACCCUGGGACAUCCCAGAUGAGCCUUUCACUUCCCUUCUCCCAGCCCUGCCCCGAGCCACCAGCGUCCCUCCAACCCUUCCCGCAAACCUGGGGGACAUCAUUUCCCACAAGCCCCCACUCAGCGCUCCCGCCACUGGCACGGACACGCUGUCGUCCUGGACUCAGAGCCAGUGGGUGGCCUUUAAUGACGACUUUGUACCUUUUCGUGGGCCAUCUCGUUUACCACCAAGGCCUCAGUCCGUCCCUGCACCCCAGCUCCUGUCCAGCCAGGCCACAGACGCCUUUACUAAAGAGGAGAGUGCCCCUUGUCAGAUGGAGGACCACAGAGCACCACCAUCAGCUGGCCACUCGCAGGAUGUUCCACCUCCUAACAGGCCCUCAACCCCUCUCGGUACCGGCACCAUAGUGCCGCCUCCUCGACCCUCAUCACGGCCCAAACUGCCUGCUGGCAAACUGACUGGCAUCAAUGAGAUUGGGCGACCGUUUAGCCCUCCCAAAGUGGCCAACUCGAGUCCUCCUCCCACUGCUCCUCUGGCACGAGCUGAAAGCUCCUCCUCUCUGAGCUCCAACACCUCCCUGAGCGCCAGCAACACGCCCACUGUUGAGGACGAUGUGUUUGUGGGGAAACUGCCCACCUUUGAGAAGAGGUGUGAGACUCCAGCAGGGACAUCUCGUGGGCCCAGUCCAGUGACUUUAGCUUCCCAGGAUCCAUUGCCCAUAGCUGUGGCCUUCACGGAGUCUGUUAAUGCCUACUUCAAAGGAGCCGAUCCCAGCAAGUGUAUAGUGAAGAUUACUGGAGAUAUGACGCUGUCCUUCCCCAGUGGCAUCAUCAAGAUCUUUACGUCCAGUCCCUCCCCAGCAGUGCUCAGCUUUAAACUGAGAAACACCAGCAAACUGGAGCAAAUCUUACCAAAUCAGCAUCUCUUACACAGCGACUCCUCCCAGAGUGACACUAACACCAAGGACUUCUGGCUGAACAUGCCUGCACUGACAGCGUAUCUCAGGAAAUGCUCAGAGCAGAACCCUGUGUCCUCUUACUACAACGUGGACGUCCUCAAGUACCAGGUGUGUUCAAACGGAAUUCAGUCGACGCCGCUGAACCUCGCAGUGUACUGGAAGUGUGGGUCCAGCACGACUGACCUGCGUAUUGACUACCGCUACAAUCCUGAAGCCAUGCAGCCACCUGGGCCACUUACCAGCGUGCAGGUCCUAGUGCCGGUCAACGGUGGCGUCACUAACAUGCAGUCGCUCCCAAACGCCAUCUGGAAUACAGAGCAGAGCAAAUCAUUAUGGAAGCUGAAUGACAUCUCCGAGAAAUCUGAAAAUGAAGGCUCUGGCUCUUUGAGGGCAAAGUUUGAGCUGUCAGACGGCCCCUCAAUCCCAGCCACACUGGCUGUCCAGUUCUUCAACGAGGGCAGCACUCUCUCUGGCGUGGACAUGGAACUGGUUGGCUCUGGUUACCGACUCUCACUUAACAAGAAGAGAUUCACCUCUGGGCGCUAUAUGGCCGACUGCUGAGAUGUCACACCUGACGCACAUCUUCUAAUUGUUGGAAAUUUGAAGGUUUAUUUUUUCAUUGCUUUAUGAUGGAGGUUAAUGGGGGAUGGAACAAAAGGGCCGCCAACAUGAUGGCUUUUCUAAUGCCUUCAGUUCUUCUCAGCAUUUCUGAACUAUCCUUCCACCAGUAAAAAAAAAAUGCACCUUUUUGGGAAAGAGAGAUGUUUUUACUACAGUUAUGUAGCACUGAGUAUCAAACACUGUCUAAAAAGAAUAAUAAUUAACCUCCCUUCCCCAGAAAAAACAAAAAAACAAACAAACAAACAAAAAAAAAAACAGAAACUCGGAAUAUUAAUGAAUGAAAAGAAUAAGAAGUAAGUGUUAAUCUUGGAUACUUUUUUGAUUUUUUUCAGACUUUUAUAAAGUCAGAACUGUAGUGUUUUGAUAUGUAUAGUUAAUUUGUAAUAUGGAUUAUAUAUAACAUACAGCAUAUCUAAAACAAACAAAAAAAAAGAAUAUAUAUAUAUCUGCACUAACAAUCUUCCUGGCCAUUUGUAUAGAUAUUAAUCACUUCUUUGUAUAUUCAACCUUAAGUCAGUCACACUGACUAAGAAGCAAAAGGAGGGACAGGACAAAAAAAUGCCUCAGCAAUACUUUCAGGCAGCAUGAACUCUUAGCUUUUUGUCCAAAAAGGAUGUUUCCCCCACAGGUUCUUUCCAUGCAGAUUGUCUAAAGUUGUCCGAUCUGAUCUGGUCAUUUGAGGUUUCUGGGAUUCUGCCCAGUGUAGACAUCACAGAUCGAUCGGUUAACUUAAGCGUUAUGCAUAGUGUCUAAAACUUGCUAAUUUGUGUCUCUGUGUCUUGUUUGUAUUUCUCAUCGUAAAUGUGCAAUGAAGGUAUAAGCUGUCAGCUGCAUUAUGUAUAGAGUUUGUUUUAAUUUUAGUGCCAUUUCCACAUCACUGUCAAUAGUCCAGGUUAGUUGUGUGACUUUGUUCAAUGGGGGGGGGUAACUCAAACUGAACUCAGUGCCUCUUUUUCUUACCUUACCAAACUUGAAGAUCCCUGACAAACUUUUGCAAAACAUAAAAAGCACAUUGUUUUCCUUUUUUUUUUCCUAAGUUUUAAGUGCCAGUUCGGUUUUAUACUCUUUUUACUGGGAUGUUGAAGGGAAAGAACUGCCUAAAAUGGCUAAUUUACAUAUAGGCCUUUGUCUCCUGGAAGAAGAAAAAAAACAAAAAAAAAACAAUCAUUUUUAAUAGAAGGCGUCUUUUGCCUGUGUACUC